UACUUCGACAUUUUCUUCAUUGGUAUGAUGGGUAAGUUUCUACUUCAUAAACUUACAUGUUUUUAAUUCAUCGAAAGUCCUGUGCGAAAGAGAUUUCGUUUAGGAUUUCUCUUGCUCAUUCCAUUAGGAAAUGUAAACCCUGUUUUGGGUAGUCGUUGUCAAUCAUCACGUAUCCACUGGAAAACAGAAAUCAGGAAACCGAUUUUCCGAAUAUUUAUUACAAUAGUUUGAAUAUGAAGGCUAUAAUCUAGUUUUUGCAAGUAUGAAGGGUAUACUAUGUGGUGAUGUAAGUUGUUUUGAGUUGGGUUUUGCCAGGGGAAGCCAUUGAUGCAACUAGAGAAAUUGUAUCCCUGUCAAAUGCAAUAAACCGAUAGAGUGGUUAACCCAUGUAUGGUUUCGUGCCGUGAGUCACACUUUUUCACACACAGGUGUCCGAGGUCAGCUUGUUUGGCAUAUUCCAUUACUAUAUUCCUUUUGGAUAGGCAAAUAGCUGAUAUUGCUCUAGGUUGGACACUCUUACAACCAUUAAAUCAUAAGAAUUGCAAACAAUACAGCUUCUAUAUCAUGAAUUAUGUUACCACACCUAAAAAGAAAAUUUAAGAUGAGUAUUAGAAAUGUGAAGUUGUUGAAUUUUUUGUUGCCUUCCAUUUCUUUGAAAUAACAUAAUCCCAAUUUUUUCUUUUCUGAAUCUAAUGACAGAGAAUUAUAGAGCUGGGAUUGUAACUUGUGCUAAAGAAGAUAGAAUCAGUAACUUGCCUGAACACUUGAUAGACUCAAUCUUAGAGCGGGUCCCGCUUGAAGAGGCUGUAAGGACAAGCAUUUUAUCAAAAAAUUGGAGGUACAGAUGGACCACAAUGAAAGAACUGGUUUUUGAUCAGCAAUUCUCCAAAAAAUUUGCAAAAAAUGGAGCUUUUGGUCAUAAUGGGUUUAUAAGGAUUGUAAACAAAGUCUUGUUCUUUCACAAGGGUCCUAUCUUGAAAUUUCAUGUCCAUGUACCAAAUAUGUUUCUUGAUAACUUUGAAGAAGUUGAUCAAUGGGUGCUAUUCUUAUCAAGAAACGGUGUCAAUGAACUCCUCCUUAACAAUUCGAAUCGCCGAUCUGAACUUCCUUCUUAUUUGUUUUGUUGUCUAGAAUUGACAAAGUUAGAACUACACAAGUGUUGCUUUAAGCCACCACUUGAGUUUGAAGGAUUUCUCAAUCUUGAAAAACUUCGUCUGGAGGAUAUUGAUUUUGGGGCUCGCUUGUGUGGAACUAAGUUCAACCUACCACAACUUAAGAAGUUGUCCCUGCUUAAAUGCACGAAUGUCUACAAUUUCAACAUUAAGGCUACAAGACUGCAGGAAUUGAUUGUCUAUGCUUGUCAUGAUGCCAUGUUGCUCCGGUUAUUGGAUAGUCCGUGCCUUCUUUUGGUUUCGAUUGCAUUUGAGAAACCCAUAGAAGAUUUUGUACGUGUUGAAGAAAUGAAUUUGGCCACAAUGUUGAGUAACUUGUCCAAAGUUGAAUACUUUUAUAUCAACAGUUAUUUUCUUAAGUUUUUGAUUGCAGAAAAGAUUCCAAAAUUGCUUCCAGGUGCGAUUAGUAGUUUAAAGCAUCUGUGGUUGCUGGAUAUUCAACUUGGUGAUUUGAAUCAACUUCAUGCUGUUCUUUGUUUUCUUCGAAACUCACCUAAUCUUGAAAAACUGUUUGUUAGGCACUUUGAUAUGGAUCCCCGAGUAGAUGUGGGACCAGCUUCUGAUCAUUUAGAAUCCCCAAACUGCUUGGACUCUACAUUGGAUCAGUUGAAAAUUGUUGAGAUGACAUGUUUAAAAGGAUCAAAACCGGAACUACUUUUUAUAAAGCUUCUUCUUGCUCAUUCCCCUUCUCUCCAGAAGUUUACCAUUAAACCAAGUAGAGCUUCUGAUGUUCAAAAAAGAUAUGACAUUGCUAAAGAGGUUAUGCAGUUCCCUCGAGCAUCAACAAAAGCAAAAAUGUUUUUCUUUGAUCCGGAACCAUAAUCAUUUGUGUUCAUGAAGAAGAAACUGAUGAUCUGGGAUUUCUGUUAUGCGGAUCUGCAGUGACCAUAGCAAACAGUCGCUAUGUUGAAGAACAAAGGGAAGCUGAAGCUGUGUUUGUGUGUUUGUGUCAAAUUACAUCUGUUGAAACAGAAAUAGUAAAGUUUAGUUCUGUUUAUUUAGAUUAGAAGCUACAGUAGUGUGUAUAAAAAUACUGGAAAGUCGUUAUUUUGACAAGUUUUGUUAAUCCUUAUGUUAAGUAGCAUAUGCUCUACGGACUUUGUAUGGAAGUAAUUUGUAUUUCACUCAAUAUAGAUUGUAUUAGGUAUUCCACAAUUCCUAUUAAUUAAUACUGAAGACAAUUAUCAUUAUGGUUAAACUCAAA